AAAAUAGGCCUAAAAAUAAGGCGGUGCUCUCGCUUCUCAUCUACAUCAGGGGAUAUGUUAUUGGCAGUCAUUAGAGACACGCGCGGUUGAUCAACGCCACGCGCUUCCGCAGUUUAGUGCUUAAUAUCAGGUCCUCAAAAAUGGCGACUUUAGGACAGCUGCUUCCAAGUUGCGGUGGCACAGUGCUAAAUUCUAGUACCCUUUUGCCGUCUCCCUUCCCUUCGCCAACUACAGCUAGAAAUUUCAGAGUGAAAAUGUCAAUUCCGGCGACUCAAGCUUCGAUAGUGCUCCCCGAAAAUCGCAUCAUAUUAGGUUGCGGGUCGGUGGGAGUGGACUUCUUGGCUGCUGUUGCUUCUUAUCCUAAUCCAGAUGAUAAGAUUCGAAGCACUAGCUUUCAGGUCCAGGGAGGCGGUAAUGCUGGGAAUGCUUUGACUUGUGCAGCUCGCCUUGGCCUAACUCCUAGAAUUAUUUCAAAGGUCUCUAAUGACUCUCAAGGAAAGGGGAUACUGGAGGAACUAGAAGCUGAUGGUGUAGAUUCGUCUUUUAUCGUGGUGUCUGAUGGGGGCAAUUCACCAUUUACCUACAUCAUUGUUGACAACCAAACGAAGACUCGCACUUGCAUUCACACCCCUGGAUAUCCACCCAUGAUACCUACUGAUCUUUCCCAAUCAAAUUUGUUGUCAUCAUUGGAUGGUGCUAAGCUUGUCUAUUUUGACGGGAGAUUGCAUGAAACUGCUGCUGUUGUAGCAGAGGAGGCAAAUACAAGGGGUAUACCCAUUUUAAUUGAUGCUGAGAGGAAAAGAGAAGGAUUAGAUCACCUUUUGAGCUUCGCAAGCUAUGUUGUUUGCUCAACCAAAUUUCCUCAGGAAUGGACUGAUGCUUCUUCUAUUCCAAGCGCCCUUCUUUCCAUGCUCUUAAGAUUGCCAAAAGUUAAAUUUGUUAUUGUGACGCUGGGUGAAGAUGGUUGCUUAAUGCUACAAAGGACAGAAAUGGACAAUCAAGACCUGGAAGAAAGGGAUGUCGACGAUUUGUUUGAAAAGCUGAAUCAGAAAAAAGACACUAACGCAACAUCGCCAGCAUGCAUAUCCUCGAAUGUGGCAAAGCUACAUGCAAAAGGGAUAGGGACAAUCAGCGGUAAGUUACUUGUGGGAACAGCUGAAAGUAUACCUCAGACAGAACUAGUUGAUACAACUGGUGCUGGAGAUGCAUUCAUUGGUGCAGUUCUUUAUUCUAUCUGUGCCAACAUGCCACCAGAGAAAAUGUUGCCAUUUGCUGCUCAAGUGGCAGCAAUUAAAUGCAGAGCCUUGGGAGCUAGAGCUGGUCUUCCGCAUUACACAGACCCUCGCUUGACACCUUUUUUAGUCUAGAGAGCCCAAGGGAUGGCCAUGGUUCUACUGUUGUAGAAAAUGGAAGCAAAACUGGUCAUCGGCUUGGGCUUUUUCUUAUUGUGUUUUUAACAGGGUUUCUGUGGACUGACAUUCUGCUUCUUUUCUUACAGCAUCUACCCUGAAAUUUUAUGGCAAAGGCUGAAAUGUCCCCUCUAUGUGUAUAAUUCGAUGUUACGAGCUGCUCGAGUUUCUUUGAUUGUCUGA